CGCGUUUCCCUACAAGUUUUGUGAGGGUGGGCGGGUCCCACUCUAACACUAUCACUCAAUUUCUGUAACCGCUCUUCACGACUGUAUUGGAUUCAUUCAACGCCAUCUCUGAGUUCCGGCGCACUCGGACCAGCAGCAAGCAGCCAUGGCGGACAACGGAGAGGAGAAGCUUAUAGCGAUGGCUCGCUACAUCGCCAAGACGCUCGGAAACAACGAUACCAUGACGGACGACAUCCUCAAGACCUUCUCCAACUUCGACGGCCGCCUGCGGGAGAAGCUAACCGAGAAGAUCUCCGACGCCAGCGUCGAGCACACGCUCAACUCUCUCGAGCGUCAGAUCUCGAUGUACGUCGCCUACGAUGCACCGAUCUGGUCCAAUUCCGCCGAUUCCGCCGCGUUCCUCGCCGCCGUCGACCAAUUGAUCGCAGCCGUACGCGAUUGGACUCCUCUCGCCGAUGAUAAGAGCUUCUCCUCCUGUCUCGACCGCGCCGACGACCUGCUCCAGCAGGCGAUGUUCCGUUUGCAGGAGGAGUUCCGAACCCUAGUCGAACGCGGCGCCGAGUCGUUCGACGGCUCAACUCGCCCUCACAUCGGGUAUUCCGACUCCGACGACGACGGCGAAAACGAUUUCGCCGACGAGGACGACGAUUUCAUCCCCGUCGCGCAGCCGAUAACCGAUUACGACAUUGUAAUCGACGCGCUCCCCGCGGGGACCAUCGGUGACCUCCACGAAAUCGCGAAGCGUAUGGUGGCGGCGGGGUUUAUCAAGGAGUGCUCCCACGCGUACAGCACGUGCCGUCGCGAAUUCCUGGAGGAGAGCUUUAACCGCUUAGGCCUGCAGAAGUUAAGCAUCGACGACGUACACCGAAUGCAGUGGUCACAGCUGGAGGACGAAAUCGAAAAAUGGAUCAAAGCCAUGAACGUCGCACUCCGAAUCCUCUUCCCUAGCGAGAGACGAAUGUGCGACCGAAUUUUCGGUUUAACCGCCGCCACAGAUUUGUCAUUCAUGGAAGUUUGCAGAGGCUCCACAAUCCAGCUCCUGAACUUCGCCGAUGCUGUGGCAAUAAGCAGCCGUGCUCCGGAGCGGCUCUUCCGUGUGCUUGACGUCUACGAGACUGUAAGAGACUUAAUGCCUGAGUUUGAAUACAAUUUUUCCGAUCCAUACUGUGUGAGUUUGAGAAAUGAAGCCAUAACCAUAUGGAAAAGGUUAGGGGAAGCUGUAAGGGGGAUAUUCAUGGAGCUGGAGAAUUUGAUCAGAAGGGAUCCAGCUAAGGCUGCAGUCCCCGGGGGUGGAUUGCAUCCGAUAACCCGAUACACCAUGAAUUAUCUUCGUGCAGCUUGCCGAUCGAGGCAAACAUUGGAGCAGAUUUUCGAGGAGAGCAUAGGUCAGGACGAACAGGUAUUGGCGUCGUCGUCUUCACUAGCAGUGCAAUUAGUGUGGAUUAUGGAGUUGUUAGAGAGUAAUUUAGAGGCUAAGUCGAAGGUUUACAGGGACUCGGCUCUAUGCUCGAUAUUUUUCAUGAAUAACGGAAGGUACAUAGUGAUGAAAGUGAAGGACACCGAGCUAGGGGCUCUGUUAGGGGAGGGUUGGAUUAGGAAACACGAGGCCAAAGUGAAGCAGUAUCAUGUGAAUUAUCAGAGGAGUUCUUGGAGCAAGGUGUUGGGCGCGUUGAAGGUGGAUAAUAAUUCUGCGUCGCCCAAGAACAUGAAGGAAAAGCUGAAGCUAUUCAAUUCAUACUUGGAUGAGAUAUGCAAGAAUCAGUGUUCGUGGGUGCUUUUCGAUGAUCAGUUGAGGGAUGAUCUGAGGGGCACGAUUUUGCAGACUUUGAUUCCUGCGUAUCGUAACUUUGUUGCGAAACUAUAUGCUAUCCCGGAAGUGGGGAAGAAUGCUGAUAGGUAUGUGAGGCAUGUGGAGGAUAUCGAGGCCCGGGUUGUGAACGAGCUGUUUCAAGGACCCGGGGGUGGGAGGAGGUGAAAGCUAAGGAGGUAAGUAAAGUAGCAUUUUUAUUUGUUUGUUUGUUUGUUUGUGUUAUAUAUAUAUAUAUAUAUAUAUGGGUAAGUGUAGUAUUUGAAGUGUUUCUUGUUUGUUUAUUAGGUGUUUGUUCUCUUAUGCCUGCUGCUGUUGUACAACUUGUAUGGUAGAAUGGUAGUGUUAUGGAAAUAUGUGAUUAUGUUGUCUGUCAACAA